AUGUUCCCCCGGCGGCGUUGCCUGCUCGGCGGCUCGCCGCUGUUGGCGUUGCUCGCGUGUCUGCAGCUCGCCGCGGGGGUGCGGGCGGGGUCGCCCGACUGCAACUGCAACAACGGCGCGGUGACGCGGACGGAGCCGCGGUGCGAGUGCGGCUGCCUCGGCGAUUACCUCCCUCCCCACUGCCUCUACGCCGCCCACGACGUGGUGAGCAUGCAGCUGUGGCUUAGCCAAAGCGGCAACUCCACCAUGGGCGGCGGCGGCGGCGUGAGCGAAAACGUGUCCCUCUUCGCCGCCGACGUCAUCGCCGGGCUGAGUUCGGCCCUCGCGCAGAAGCCGGGCGACGGGACGCUGCGAUUUUUGUGGGCGAAGUCCGCCGCCCUGUCGGGCCCCGGCGAGAAGUCGCACGUUGUGAUGGCGGUGGUGUCGAUGCCCGGAUGGCUCGCCCAGCGGCUGCUCGCCGACGCCGCGCGUGGCCGCACCGCAGGCUACGCCUUUGCGAACAGCCGCACGGGGGCGGCGUACGCAGUGGCGGCGGUCUUCGAAGACGCACCGGGCCCGCCGCUGCCGCAGCGCUACACCGAGAGCAGCCUGGCCGUCUACUGGGGCGUCGACGACCUCUGGUACGUCUCCUGCUCGAACCUCCUCUGGCCGCUCCUCGCCCUCCUCGUCGCGCUGCUGCUGCCGUGGGCGGAGAAGCGUCUCACGCUGAACACGGAGUUCAACGCGACGUCCAUUUCCGUGCGGCCCCCUGGCGCGAAGGCGGCGGAGGCGCGGGUGCCGGGCAAAGGCGGCGACAAGGGCGGCGUCGGCGGCAGGCGGCGGAUGCAGCUGCUGUGGAGGAAAGGCGGCGGGAAGCGCAGAAAAAGGACGAGUAUGGUGUACGAGGGCAAGGACCUCGCCGCGUCCAUGCGGAACUUCGAGCGGCGGCGCAAAAAGUUGCUGUCGGGCCCUGCGGACACCGCCGAACCUGCCCGAGUGGCACACGAGGCAACGAACCCGCUUGCGCCGCGGCGCAACGGGGGCUGGCGACGGAAGGAGGCGGCCGUCCGAAUCAAGCGGCAGGCGGGCGGCGAAGGCAGCAACAGGGACCAGAUAACGGUGGUUGUCACGAGUCCAACGCGGGGCGACAAGAAGUAA